GUUGGGGGCCGGGGGUGCCCGGCAUGUCGGGGCGGCAGGCGGAGGCGCUGCCCGCCUGCUUCGCGGGGCUGGGUGCGGGCAGCCCCCGGCCGCGGCAGAAGCGGGGCGGCAUGUUCUGCAGCGUGGAGGACGCCUUCGACAACAAGACGCUGGAUUUCCCCUCGCUCGGCGCAGCCCGGCCCCGCGGCCCCGGCCCCAGCCCCGCUCCCGGCCCGUCCGACGGGCACGGUGCCGCUGUCCCUGCCGGCAGCCCCGGGGGGGCCGCGCCGCCGCCCCGCUGCACGGGGACCGCCACCACGGGAGAGCCGCCCGACGGCUGCCGGCAGAGUGAUCAGCUUCUAAUCAAGGGAGGAAAAAUUGUCAACGAUGACCAGUCAUUUUAUGCAGACAUUUAUGUGGAAGAUGGUUUAAUAAAACAAAUUGGAGAAAACUUGAUCGUGCCCAGUGGGGUGAAGACGGUUGAUGCCUACAGCCAGAUCGUUGUGCCGGGCGGGAUAGAUGUGCAUACGAGGCUGCAGAUGCCCGUGAUGGGGAUGACCUCUGCCGAUGACUUCUACCAAGGCACGAAAGCAGCCCUGGCAGGAGGAACCACAAUGAUCAUUGACCACGUGUUCCCCGAUGCCGGGACGAGCCUUCUUGCUGCGUAUGAGCAGUGGAGAGAGUGCGCCGACAGCAAAGCCUGCUGUGAUUACUCACUGCACGUCGACAUCCCUCGCUGGCAUGAGAGCCUGAAAGAGGAGCUGGAAGCCCUCGUGAAAGACAAAGGUGUGAACUCCUUCCUGGUUUUUAUGGCUUAUAAAGACAAACUUCAGUGCACUGAUGCCCAGAUGUAUGAAAUAUUCAGCAUUAUUCGAGACUUGGGGGCCAUUGCCCAAGUGCAUGCUGAAAACGGAGACAUCAUUGAUGAGGAGCAGAAGAGACUGUUGGACCUUGGGAUUACGGGGCCAGAGGGGCACGUCCUGAGCCGCCCGGAGGAGGUUGAAGCAGAGGCGGUGUACCGGGCCAUUACAAUAGCAAAACAAGCCAACUGCCCCUUGUACAUCACAAAAAUAAUGAGCAAAGGUGCAGCAGAUGUGUUAGCCCAAGCAAAGAGAAAAGGCACUGUUGUGUACGGAGAGCCCAUCACCGCCAGCCUCGGCACCGACGGCUCGCACUACUGGAGUAAGAACUGGGCCAAGGCCGCAGCCUUCGUCACCUCUCCCCCCAUCAGCCCUGACCCGAGCACGCCGGACCGCCUCACCUCCCUGCUGUCCUGCGGGGACCUGCAGGUGGUGGGCAGCGCCCACUGCACGUUCACCACCGCCCAGAAGGCAGUGGGGAAAGACAACUUCACCCUCAUUCCCGAGGGAACAAACGGCAUCGAGGAGCGAAUGGCGAUAAUUUGGGAAAAGUGUGUGGUCCCAGGGAAGAUGGAUGAGAAUGACUUUGUAGCCGUGACCAGUACAAAUGCUGCCAAAAUCUUUAACUGCUACCCCAGGAAAGGGCGAAUUGCAGUCGGCUCUGACGCAGACUUGGUCUUGUGGAACCCCAAGGCGACAAAAAUUAUCUCAGCAAAAACCCACAAUUUGAAUGUGGAGUACAACAUAUUUGAAGGCACGGAGUGCCAUGGGGCUCCUACUGUGGUCAUAAGUCAAGGAAAAGUUGUUCUUGAGGAUGGGAACCUGUGUGUCACCCAGGGGUCAGGUCGCUUCAUUCCCAGAAAGACGUUCCCUGAUUUUGUUUAUAAAAGGAUAAAGGCAAGAAACAGGCUGGCCGAGGUGCACGGCGUCCCGCGGGGGCUGUACGACGGGCCGGUCCACGACGUCGUCCUAAGCACGAAAGCCGCGGCGCCCACCACAGCAUCGAGGAUGGCGGCCUGCGUGGGCAAAGUGCCGUCCGUCCCCGUGCGCAACCUGCACCAGUCGGGGUUCAGCCUGUCGGGGUCACAGGCAGAUGACCACAUUGCCCGGCGCACGGCUCAGAAGAUCAUCGCCCCUCCGGGUGGGCGCUCCAACAUCACCUCCCUGUCCUGAUGCCGCGCUGCUGCCUGCUGCGCCCGGCCGCCCGCGGCGCUGCCUCCUGCCCACGGCAGCCCCACGGCAGGGGCUGGGGCUGGGGCCGAGCCGGGAAAGGCACGGUUGGUUCCCUCAAGCUCAGGAUGAAAGCGAGGCAUUCGUCAGAUACCCCGGGCCCCUUCUUCUCUUAGGUAGAAAAUAGACGAAGCCAACCCAAGAGGUAGUGGUGAUAGUAGUGCCCAUCUGCAUUCCUCCCACUCCGUAGAGCUCCCAGUCUGUAUUUCUUACCUAGAUACUCAGAAAGCCCUUAGCAUAUGCAUGCCAACACCUAGAGGUACGUUUUGAAGUGUGUUCAGCGGUGCUGCUAGCUGUCUUGUGACCAGGAUGACCUGAAGGUGCGUUUGGCUGGACUGUGCUCCUUUCUGGCGCUGUCACUGCCCUUCCUACUCCAAGGACUUUUUGGUGAUGCACACUUUGUACACAGCACAUCGGGGCUGUUGUGCUUGCAGCUCUUUACACCAUCUCCUUGGGCAGCUCGGGCAUGCUCCAGGAGCCGUCACUGAGGAGAGGCGCAGUGGUUCGAGCCCACAGCGCGGCCAACUUUGGCCGUAGCAUCCCUGGGGCUGGUGCAGGUGCUGUCGGGGCAGCCCAGGGUCGUGGCUGCGUUCGUGGGAGCCACGUGUCCGGUCUCCUGUAGUCUUGUUAGGCUUGUUUUUAAAGGUUAUUUAUACAGUUUUUCAAGUACCAAGUGUAUGUCCAAUAAAAGGCUCAUUUGAAGGCCAGUUCCAUAUGACAGACUUUUUUAUAAAGGCUACUCUACCCCGUUUAUUAUAUUUAAAGGUACGUUCAGUAAAAGUGAACCUCUAUGCCACAAAGCUAUGCAUGGACCUCUGACAGAAUGGAUCACAUUUGGGUUUUGUUCCUUGCUUGGAAUAAAGUUUGUUGGAAAUCCUGAAACGAUGGAA